AUGAUCAAAGUGAACCCAUACAAUGUUCUCGCCAUCGCGAGUAACAUCCAAUGCUCUGAACACGAACCACGCUUCAUCCUCGGAACCUUUAAUUAUCCUCUGAAAAGUGGUUUCUAUGCCGUCUAUGUCUUCCAGUAUCCAGAUGGUUUCAAAUGCGCUGUACAGCUGCCGACAUUCAUGCCCAGCUCAACCGAGGAAGAACGUGAGGCUAUCACGACUACGGUGGAGGGGGAAAUAUCCACACUGGCAUAUCUCAAGGAGAGGGGAUUUCCUUGGUCCCCCCGACCUAUUACCUACUCAAUUCACUUUGACAAUCUUGUCAAGUUCCCCUACAUGAUACUGAGCUGGUUUGAUGGGAAGCCGAUGGCAUGGAAUGACCAGAUUCCCGCAUCUUUGCAUGUUCGCGAGGACGUCUCCAAACAACUCGCUCAUAUCAUGGUUGAUCUGGCCCUAGCAACUGAGGAGCACCGUACUUCAAUUUUUCUACCCUGA